AUGUUACUUGCUAGAAUCAUCUGCCACGUCACUUAUCCGCAUUCAGCCACGAUGACGGCUUUCAAGGCUCAACUCUUUGAGGCCAUGAGGGGCCAGCAGGCGACUGUUGAAGAUUUGCGGCAAGUUGGGCCAAGGUGGCCCGAGGGAACUCACCCUCAAGUAGACGAGGUCCGUAAAGAGGUUAAUGAUUGGUUUGAAACGUUUUGGAACGGUGACGAGAAAAAGACCCGGCGCUUCCAAGCGGCUGAUGUCGGUCGCCUAGCUGGUAUGUGCUGGCCCAGGGCUGGGUAUGAGGGUCUGCGCUUUGCGGCUAUGUUUAUGGCGUGGAUAUUUCUAUGGGACGACCAUUUUGAUAAUGUCAAGGACGUCGGGGUUGCUAGAGAGUAUUGUGAGGAGACGAAGAGGUACAUUACCUGCUGCCUUGGCAGGGAUGAAGCAGACGUCGAGAACGACGUCCACGAUGACGAGAUUUUCACGGCGUUUAGAGGUGUAGUCUCGGUCCCACUUCGUCAGAAACACAACCUCAGGAGGCGUCGCGUGAUGCUAGAACAGUUGCUUGGCUACGUUGACAGUGUCAUCCAGGAGACCGAAGUACUGUUAAGCGAGGAGUUGCCAUCCAUACAGGGCUACUGGGGCUACAGGACGCAGUGCUCUGCAGGUGGACCAAUGCUCUUGCUCGAUUAUUAUAUACGCGAUCUUAGGCAGCCUGUUGAGAUGCUUGAAGAUGAGCUGACGCAAGGGCUUAUUAGGAGGGCAUCGGAACACUUGUUCCUUGUCAACGACCUUCUUUCUGUAAAGAAGGAGGUUCAAUCCGAGACAAUUUCCCUCGUGUCCCUGUUAUUCAAGGAAAAGGAAAACGACCUGCAGGCAGCAGUGGACGAUGUUGUGAGCCAUAUCCGGCGAGUCAUGAACGAAUUCGAUGAAGGUGCUGGUGAGCUUGGGAAGAAAUAUGGGAUGAAGAAAAUUGAAGAGUUUAUCACUGGAUUCAGGUUAUGUUGUAUGGGUACUCUGGUUUGGAGUUUGGGGAGCAAGAGAUAUGGGCUGGAGGAAUGUAGUAAUGGGAUCGGUGAGCUUGUGAUCAGGUUUUAG